GAAGAAACCAAAAUUAUCAAUUUCGUUGAGCUGCACUGCAAAAUGCUGUGCCGUGGAACCCGGUGCUGAAUGGUGAAAAAAGACAGAAUGCUGUGAUUGUUUUUAGAGUGAGAACUAUGCAUGUUUAAUGUAACAUUGCUGUUUAUUCCUUGGGAUUUUACACUCCCGUAUAUAACUGUCUAUUCCUGCCUGCUUGGAGAAGGUCCGCCAUAUUCUGCCUUACCACGCCCGGGGAGCAGAGCCAUUGAAAAGGCUGGCUGAGGAAAUGAUAGCAGGCGGAUAUACCCUGUGACAGCAAGAAUACACUGUGCUGGUGGAUGGACAAGACACUGCAAGAAUAACAACAAUAAUAAUAAAGGAACGGCAAUAAGGAUACGGCUGUGGAACCUAAAGGAAACGAACGGAAAGAUUGCAAUUUGGAGGAUUUCUGCUGAAAAUUAAAGCAAGGAAAGAAAAAAAUGCGUGAGGGGGAAGGGAACAAACUGAUUAGCCUGUUAGCAUUACAGUAGGAUUGUUCUGCAGAGGUUUGAAUCUAUUGCAAAAGGCUAUUUGAGAUUUGCAACAAAAUCAAGCAACGUUCAGAAGAAGAAAGAAAACAAAAAACAAGGCAAGCAACGUUACAUAUAUAUAAUAAGGCUUCAGUGUUACUGUAUUUUGUGUGUGUUCCCAAGCCUAUGUGUCUGGGAUUUUAUACUGCUGCUAUUCCCAUGGAUGUUACCAUGUUGUUUGGUGCAUGGUUUUGAAAGGAGGCGGAGUUGGAACAGGCGAGUGACAGCAGAUCGGGUGUUAGGUGUCCCCUGUGCACGGGCAACAGCACCCACGGGUGCCAUCAGAUCAGCUGGCUGCUGGGAAUACUUGUGUGCAUUGAUUUCUUAACCUGCAGUGGAAUAAUUAUAUUAAAAUUCACACCCCCUCUCGUUUAAUACAAAAACAUUUUAUUAUUUUUCCCUUGUACAGUGCCAUAUUUGCAACAGCCAGGGAUUUACAGCGGGAUCCGUGUCUUGCACCAGGGUGGGGGUCUGUCUCUCCACCACCAGUAGUCAGGAGACAUGACUCUGGAGUCCAUCAUGGCGUGCUGCCUCAGCGAGGAGGCCAAAGAAGCACGGAGGAUUAACGACGAAAUCGAAAGGCAACUCCGCCGAGACAAGAAAGACGCCCGCCGGGAACUGAAACUCCUCCUGCUUGGCACGGGAGAAAGCGGGAAAAGCACAUUCAUCAAACAGAUGAGGAUCAUCCAUGGAUCAGGAUACUCCGAUGAAGAUAAGAGAGGUUUCACCAAACUUGUGUAUCAGAAUAUCUUCACAGCAAUGCAGGCAAUGAUACGGGCCACGGAAACGCUUAAAAUCCCGUACAAGUUUGAACACAAUAAGGGCCAUGCACUGUUAAUUCGAGAAGUUGAUGUAGAGAAGGUGUCCACUUUUGUGAAUCCUUAUGUAGACGCAAUAAAGUAUUUAUGGAAUGAUCCUGGGAUACAAGAAUGUUAUGACAGAAGGCGGGAAUAUCAGCUGUCAGACUCCACUAAAUACUAUCUCAACGAUUUGGAUCGUAUAGCAAGCCACGGAUACCUUCCAACCCAACAAGAUGUGCUGAGAGUUCGAGUCCCAACUACAGGAAUAAUUGAGUAUCCCUUUGACUUACAAAGCGUCAUAUUCAGAAUGGUGGACGUGGGAGGACAAAGAUCAGAAAGAAGAAAAUGGAUACAUUGCUUUGAAAACGUUACCUCCAUAAUGUUCCUAGUAGCUCUUAGUGAAUAUGAUCAAGUGCUUGUGGAAUCCGAUAAUGAGAAUCGAAUGGAAGAAAGCAAAGCGUUGUUUAGGACAAUUAUCACAUAUCCCUGGUUCCAGAACUCUUCAGUCAUUCUCUUUCUAAAUAAGAAAGAUCUACUAGAGGAGAAAAUAAUGUAUUCACAUCUAGUUGACUAUUUUCCUGAAUAUGAUGGGCCCCAGAGAGAUGCACAGGCAGCAAGAGAAUUCAUCUUAAAAAUGUUUGUGGACCUGAAUCCUGACAGUGACAAAAUCAUCUACUCCCACUUCACCUGCGCCACAGAUACAGAGAACAUCCGCUUCGUCUUUGCUGCUGUCAAGGACACUAUCCUACAGCUAAACCUGAAGGAAUAUAACCUGGUCUAACUGUGCCUGCUAGCUCACCCUAUUUCCCUUGGGCCAUUGAAGAAAUACAAUGUGGACUGUAUUAUCUAUAAGAAAGAAAAAGAAACGAUUUGCAAAAUACUAAUUUAUUGCCGUCCUGGACUCUGUGAGUGUCCACAGAGUUUGUAGUAAUUAUUAUGAUUUUAUUUAAAACUAUAUAGUGGGGUUUGGGGCGGGGUAUUAACUGCAGUACACUGCAGUGCAAUUUUCUAGGCAAAAAUCUUACGACUUGUGUUUUAAAUUUUCAGUCGUGCACUCACAAAGGCCGGUUUAGUUUUUAUUGUGUUUUCAUUUUUAAGGAGAGAGCAGGGCGCUUUUUCAGUACGCAUGAGGCUCUUAUGUUCCUAUUUUAAUAUUUUCAAGUACAACAGUGUCUCUACUGUUUCCCUGAAAACCAUUCCUUUUUGAGCCGCUUACACUAAUCAACAUAUAGGCAUAUACCUUUUUUUUUUUUCUCUUUCUUUUUUUGUCUUUUAAAUUUAAGCCAUCAGCCUUGCUAAUGUAUGUACUUUUCUGAAGGAUAAAAAAGUAUUGAUACUGUGAUUUUUAAAUUAUUGACAUGUAUAAAGUAAAUUUGAUUUUG